UACCUCUUUCUCGACCUAGACCUCUCGACUUUCAGGGUUCAUUUCGGUACCUCCACCUGUUGUAUACCAUCUCAAGUCGAAUAUAUACCCUCAUAACCUCGCGAUCAUGUCCGCCACUUCCACCGUCCAGGCCAAGGUCUCGCCUCACAUUGACACCUCUGCUGUCACCGAUGCAGCCGCAAAGGCGGUCAAGCCCAUGCUUACGGGCUCAGUCCUGCGUCCCUCGACAUCGGGUUCAGCGGCUCCUCCUGCUCUUCCCUUGUUCCAACGUCUCCUGGCAAGGUACCUCAACAAUCUCGCUGUCAAGCCUCUGAAGACCAAGGCCGUUACCUCUGGUAUCCUCUUCUUCCUACAAGAGGUCAUCGCCGCCCGGGCCAGCGGUAGCCUCAAGGAGGACUGGCCGGCCAAGAACAGCAAUCUGAGAAGAGUGGCGCCUCCUCAGCUGUUGGGAUUAUUGAGCCAGCUCGGAGUCAGCUCGAAAGCUAUUCAGAUGUCCGCUUAUGGAGGUCUAGUCUCGGCUCCUCUUGCCCACUUCUUCGUAGGGUUCUUCCAAAAGAUGUUUGCAGGGAGAACCGGGGCUCUCGCCCGGUUGGGACAGAUUGCUGCGAUGAUGUCGAUUCAAACCCCAGUCAUGGCCGUAGUAUACAUCACGUCGAUGGCUAUCAUCAACGGAGCUCGUUCCGCUGAAACCGUCAUCAGGACCGUCAAGAUGGGUCUACCGACUGUGCUCAAGUCAAUGUGGAUCACCUCACCCCUCUCGAUCGCGUUUGCGCAGACCUUCCUUCCCGCCGAGACCUGGGUGAUCUGGUUCAACUUUGUCAGCUUUGUCGUAGGCACCUUUAUGACCACCCAGAUCAAACGAAGGGCCCUGCAGGCCAAGGCUCAAGCCAAGAGGGAAGGCAAGUCUGGCGAGUAGACACGUCGCAUUUCGAGAGACGGGAGAGCGGGAACAGGGAUCCAAAAUGCAAAGGCAUGUUGUAGGGUUCGAGAAGGGAUCGUUUGUAAGCUGAAUAUUUGGAGGCUGGACAACAAACACGAAAGGUCAAAAAAAAAAAAGCAGAUGAUAUGUUCAUGUCUCCACAA